AUGUCCGCCACUACCAAUACUGGCCGCUCUGAGGCUCUGAGCUUCAACGAUCAUUUUGUCCAAAUUAUCGACGGAAAACCUUCUCCAACAGAGAAGAAUCGUCAUGGCAUUAAUCCAGCAAACCUGACUGCGAAAGCAGAGGUCCCUAUCGCUACGCGCAAGGAUCUUGAUCUUGCCGUCGCUGCAGCAAAAGAUGCCUUCAAAGCAUGGUCGAAAGUUUCGUACGAAGACCGAAAGACGGCAGUUUUGGCAUAUGCGGAUGCUGUGGAUAGCCACCGAACCCAGUUCAGAGACUUGCUGAUCUCUGAACAAGGAAAGCCAAUACCUCAAGCAGAUGCCGAGACAGAGGCUGCGAUCAGCUGGAUUCGUGGCAUGGCCGGUAUCCCACUACCGGAGGAUAUUGUAGAGGACACCGAUCACCGGACCAUUAUCACUCGUUAUGCUCCUCUGGGUGUAGUUGGCGCUAUUGUUCCUUGGAACUUUCCCUUGCUUCUCGCGACGGGCAAGAUCGCACCCGCCCUCCUGACUGGAAAUGUGAUCAUUGUCAAGCCCUCACCAUUCACCCCGUACUGUGGGCUGAAGUUAGUUGAACUAGCACAACAGUUCUUUCCGCCGGGUGUGGUUCAGUCUCUGAGCGGAGACGACGACCUUGGCCCUUGGUUGACAAGUCACCCCGGCAUUGACAAGAUCAGCUUCACUGGAUCCACAGCCACAGGGAAAUUGGUAAUGCAGAGCGCAAGCAAGACAUUGAAGAGAGUCACGCUGGAAUUGGGAGGAAACGAUCCUGCUAUCGUGUUCCCGGAUGUAGAUGUUGACAAGGUCGCUGAAAAGGUGGCGUUUUUCGCCUUUCUCAACUCCGGCCAGAUCUGCCUGAAUUUGAAACGUAUUUACGUGCACGAGACCAUCUUUGACCGCUUCAAGGAAGCCUUAGUGAAACACGUCAAGGGGUACAACCUUGGUGAUGGCUCACAACCUGGCGUCACUCAUGGACCUCUGCAAAACUCGAUGCAGUAUGAACGAGUCAAGACAUUCUUCUCGGACAUCGAGUCUCAAGGAUGGAAAGUUGCCGUAGGCGGCAACGUUGAGCAGUCUCAAGGCUACUUCAUCACUCCUACGAUCAUCGAUCGCCCUCCUGAGAAGUCGCGCCUGGUCGUCGAGGAGCCCUUUGGUCCCAUUGUUCCUCUCCUUUCCUGGAGCAGCGAAGAUGAGGUUGUUUCCCGCGCCAAUGACACGUCGAUGGGCCUUGGAGCAUCCGUGUGGACAAACGAUUUGGAGAAAGCUGCCAAGAUUGCUAGGCAAAUCCAAGCAGGCAAUGUUUGGGUCAACACACACUUCGAUCUCACACCUUUAGCUCCAUUUGGAGGGCACAAGGAGAGUGGUAUUGGAACUGAGUGGGGUGCGAAUGGCCUGAAGGGUUUCUGUAAUGUGCAGACCCUAUUCCUCAACAAGCAAGUUGUCAGCUAA